GCUAGUUUUACUGUGUAGGAAUUUUGGGUGCUUAAUGAUUGGGAAGAACAAGCGGUGGGAGUGGAUGGAUUGGGUGAAGAGUGUUUUAAAUAUUAUAUUAUUUUGUGCUCUCUUAAAAGUGAUUUGAACAUUGGGAUUUUCUUCAAGUGGAGUAUUGGAAUGUGAAGCUUCACCCGGAAGUGAAGGGUGAAGGGAUUUUCUUUGUUCUAAAUGGAUGAUAUCUAUUUAAAGGGGGAAAUUUUGAAUUUGGAUCGUGAAGAAGAUACACUGAAGUGAAGAAUAGCUUGGUCUUGAGAUUACUGUGUAGUAUUUUGUUGUACUACAUCACCAGUAAAAUGGAUUCAAAAGGGAGCCGAGGUACUAAUUCCUGGGCAAGGCCGUCUUCCUUAACCUCUCCCGGGAAUGGAUUACAGACAAAUUUAUCCUCAGAUCCUCUCUCUUUCCCAGGUUUUGGUUUGCAGCAUAACCAUAACAAGUGGGAUGAUCCUUCUAUUUCAGAUUAUGGGGUCACAGAUGCACCUUUCAAAGAAUUUAACCAACCGUCUCAAACCCAGUCUAUGCUUCCUUGCGACUCCAACAAUGAGAUAAAGAUCCCUGAUCAAGUAAACCAUCUACUGAGUGAAUCAUCACAAACCAGUAGACUCCAAGAUUGGGAUCCCACUGUGAUGUUGAAUAACCUUUCCUUCCUAGAAGAAAAGAUUCAUCAACUCCGGGAUUUAGUGCAUUUGAUUGUUCGUCAAAAAGCCCUUCAUUUUGGACAACCUAAUGAACUUGUAACUCAGGAGCAGCAGCUCAUUACAACUGAUCUUACAUCAAUUAUUGUUCAAUUGAUCUCUACUGCAGGUAGUCUUCUCCCUUCUGUUAGGAAUACCCUUAUAAGCACUAGUCCAUUGGUUGGACAACUUGGCCAGCUUCGCGGAAUUACUGUUCCUUCUGGUUCAGGUCCAAGUAGUAGCUGUAUUCAACCACAAAUUAAUAGUGGAAAUAAAUUGUCUGAUCAGUCCAUCCAGAAUGAUCUACCUAAUAGUUGUGAAAUGGAGCAAAACUACAAUAUGGAAGAACAUGGAUUUAAAGAUGAAGAAGAUGCAGAUGAUGGAGAAAACCUUCCACCUGGUUCAUAUGAGAUUCUACAAUUAGAAAAAGAAGAAAUCCUUGCACCCCAUACACAUUUCUGUACAAUUUGUGGGAAGGGAUUCAAGAGAGAUGCAAAUCUUCGAAUGCACAUGCGAGGUCAUGGUGAUGAGUACAAAACUCCAGCAGCACUUUCAAAACCACAUAAAGAUUCUGGGUCUCAACCAAAGCUUAUCAAGAGGUAUUCGUGCCCCUAUCCUGGUUGCAAGCGCAACAAGGAUCACAAAAAGUUUCAACCUCUGAAGACUAUUUUAUGUGUGAAAAACCAUUACAAAAGAACACACUGUGACAAGAGUUACACUUGUAGCAGAUGCAACACCAAAAAGUUUUCAGUCAUGGCUGAUCUAAAAACUCAUGAAAAACACUGUGGUAAGGAUAAAUGGCUUUGUUCAUGUGGCACAACAUUCUCUAGGAAAGACAAGCUUUUUGGGCACAUUGCUCUUUUUCAAGGCCAUACACCAGCCAUUCCUGUGGAGGACACCAGAGGAGUAACUGGGCCACUUGAUCAUGACAGCAAAGAAAACUGCGUAGGAACUAUGAACUUCAGUGUUGGAUCAAAUCCUUCAAGUGGAAAUGGAGUUCAAAAUGUCAUGGAUGUAAAAGGCAAUAUUGAUGAUCCUAUGAAUUAUUUCUCAUCAUUGAACUUUGAAGCUAACUUUGGUGGAUUUACUGAAUUCGCUCGACCUGCAUUUGAAGAAUCAGACGUUUCUUUCUCUUAUCUCAUGACUGGAUCUCUUAAACCUGGUGGAGAAUCAAGUUCUGACAAUCUUUGUUGAAAAUUUGUGCUGAUAUUGGUUCGGUUAAUCUGCCCCCAAGGAAUAAAGCUUUCUAGUGUAUGUUAAAUUUUAAAGAAAGUUAAUUUCUUGUCCUUUCAAUUUCUUAUGAAAGAAGAUAUAUAUAUAUAUAUAUAUAUAUAUAUAUAUAUAUAUAUAUAUAUGAGGCAGGAUCCUUUGACACCGGUGUCAAAUUUGAAGUUUGACACCUCAUUUGAGAGCUGUUAGAUCAAAAAAGAUCCACGACUCUGAUUUGUAAGCAUGUGACACCAUUGAUCUUUUUUGAUCUAACGGCUCUCAGAUGAGGUGUCAAACUUUAAAUUUGACAUCGGUGUCAAAGGAUCCAACCUCUAUAUAUAUAUAUAUAUAUAAAUCUUCAAAAAAGGGAAAAGUGUUUGUUCUUUUAAAUAACAUAAUUUAUGUCAU